AUGCUAGACAAUGCCAGUUAUGAUCCGUGGAUCGAGACGCUCAAUUCAAGUACCCAGCAGAUUGCGUUUGUUCAGUCUAUGGUUGGUCUUGGGUUUGGAUGGCUCAUAGGUCUUUUAUUCCGGUUCAUCGCUAGCGAUAUCGAGACGCACGCAAAUUCGACAAAAGUCAAAAUUGAUCGCCGGAGGCUCAUCACGACAGACCGGUCAGAUCUAAUUGAACCACUGCUCAAGCUCCAUGAGUCCGACAAAUUGCCAAUGCCAAAAGUCAUCUCCAAUGCUGGUACUCUCUUGGCAGCCGGCUCCGAGACAACAGCAACUCUACUGACGGGUGUGACUUAUCUUUUAUGCAAAACCCCAGAGGCACUGAAAAAGGUGACACAAGAAGUCCGUGCAGCAUAUAAAUCAGAGGAUGAGAUCACGCUCAUUUCUGUGAGCAAACUUGACUAUAUGCUUGCAUCUCUUGACGAGGCCAUGCGGCUAUAUCCACCUGUGGCCAUGGGUUUACCGCGCACGAUACGCCAAGGCGGAGAUCAAGUUGCCGGUCACUUUCUCCCCGAAGGGACUGUUGCUGCUGUUUACCAGUGGGCCGCGAACCGGUCAACGAUGAAUUUUCACAACCCACUCGCUUACCGCCCAGAACGCUUCUUGUCAGACAGACCUGCAGGAUUUGACCGAGACCGCCGCGAAGCUAUGCAGCCAUUCUCGGUUGGUCCUCGCAAUUGCGUGGGGAAGAAUUUGGCAAUUGCCGAAAUGCGCCAGAUUCUUGCCCGUAUCUUAUUCAGCUUUGACAUCGAGCUCGUUGAUCCGAAUCUUGACUGGUUGCAUGUGGAUUACCAAAAGUCGUUCUUUUUGUGGGAUAAACCUCCAAUGGAGGUUUAUCUCACGCCAGUGUAG